UAGUAGUCCAUCUUUUGCUCCACAUACUCUUUACACUUACAUGUCAGGGACGUGAUUAAAAUGAAUCAUUCCAGCUUACAUCCUUGGUACCGUAGAAGGUGCUGCAUCCUAUAAUUAGGAAUGAUGGUUCUAGACGGGUGGAGUAUGAUUUGUCUAGGGAUAGAAGCCCAAGGAAAGGUGAAGGUGAAUUUUGAAACGUGGUAGAGGGAAAUAGAGUGCAGUAAAAAAGUGGUGGUAGCGGAGGAUACAAACUGCUGUGAGGUCUGGGAUGCGCCAUCAAUUACCCUAAACGAUGGGGCCGGGGCCAUCCUGAGGUUCAACACUACCCUCAUAACAAUCCAAAUACAAGGUGCUUCUUUUCGUGGCAUAACCAAUUCAUUAUCCCCAACCAUCAUGGAUCUCAAGGGUGGGCAAGAUGGCGUGGGGGAUCCCAGAGGCAGGUGGAACUGGCAGGUUGCAGGUUUUGAACCCAGAACCGCACUCGAUCAGUACCACCAGGAAGAGGAGGAUGAGAGGACUCCAAGGUAUUCCACAUCAACUAUGCCUCCUCCACCUCAACUUUUGAGGCACAACCUUUUUGUCAAGGUCCACCAAUUGAAAGAGCAGCUCCUGGCUGCACGUGAAGAUAUGCUUGAAAUAAGACAGGAAGCAAGUGACUUGCAGGAGUACUCAAGUGCAAAACUGGGUCGAGUUACGCGGUAUUUAGGUGUCCUUGCAGAGAAAGCUCGCAAAUUAGAUCGGAUUGCCCUAGAAACAGAGGCCAGAAUUGCCCCAUUGAUCGCAGAAAAGAAGAAGCUAUUCAAUGAUUUGUUAACUGUCAAAGGAACCAUCAGGGUAUUUUGUCGUGUUCGACCUCAAUUUGAGGAUGAGGGUUUGCCAGUAACAGAAUUUCCUGAUGAUUUUACAAUACGUAUAAAUCCUGGUGGUGACCCAGUGACAAGUUCUAAAAAGGAUUUUGAAUUUGACAGAGUUUAUGGACCUCAUGUUGGCCAAGGUGACUUCUUUCAGGAUAUUCAGCCAUUUGUUCAGUCUGCACUUGAUGGGUAUAAUGUCUCUGUAUUUGCUUAUGGUCAAACGGGUGCUGGAAAAACACAUACUAUGGAAGGUUCAAGCCAUGACCGUGGAGUAUAUUUUAGGGCAUUUGAGGAGCUAUAUGAUUUAUCUAAUGCGGACACCACAUCUUCUUCUAAGUUUUACUUCCAUGUCACUGUCUUUGAGUUGCACAACGAGCAGGUCCAUGAUUUGCUUUUGAGCUCUAGUGGAAAUAUCUCAAGAAUACAUAUGGGCAUGGUAGGGUCUUCUAUAGAACUUGUACAAGAAAAAGUUGAAAACCCAACCGAAUUUUCGAAAGUCCUAAAAUUGGUACUACAAAACCGAGGAAUGAACAACCUGAAGACAGCACAACACAAGCAUUCUCAUCUGGUUGUUACAAUUCAUAUACAUUGCUCUAGCAGUCUCACCGGUCAAAGUCAUUAUAGCAAACUUUCGCUAGUAGAUUUGGCUGGAAGUGAGCGCUUGCCUGAGGAAGCUAGUGGGGAACAUCUCACGGAGUUGUUGCAUGUGAAUAAAUCACUCUCUGCGUUGGGGGAUGUUGUGUCUGCUUUGACAGGAAAGAAGGAUCAUGUACCUUAUGGCAACUCAAGGCUCACUCAAAUACUCUCAGAUUCUUUGGGUGGGGAUUCCAAGACUUUAAUCAUUACCAAUGUGAGUCCCAGCUGUGCAGAUAUACGAGAGACAAUAUCAUCUCUUAAUUUUGCUGCAAGAGCACGCAAUGUUGAACUAAGUCUUGGAAAUCGUGAUACGAUAAAGAAAUGGAGAGAUAUGGCAAAUGAUGCACGGAAAGAGAUGUACGAGAAGGAAAUGCAAGUUAGUGAUGCAAGGGAAGAGAUCAUCCGGUUGAAGAAACAACUUAAAGAGGCAGAUAGUCAAUCUCUUCUAUUAUUUAGUGAAGUCCAGAAGGCUUGGAAAGUGGCAUUCGCACUACAGGCAGACCUAAAGACUGAGAGUGUAAUGCUACAAGAGCAGCAGAAAAUUGAAAAAGAACAGAAUGCACAGUUAAGAAAUCAAGUAGCCAGGUUGAUGAAGGUCGAACAAGAACAGAAGAUACACUUGGUAGAGUGUACAAAUGUGAUUCAAACCCUAGAGGCCAAAAUUAAGGAGUUUGAAAGUAAGCUUUCAGAAGUCCAUGCCAUCAAGGGAAUGAAUAAGGGUGACACUGACUCAGGCCAAGGAUCAAUAAAUAUUAGCAGUUCCCAAUCACUGAACACUAGGGAAAAGGAUACAACUACCUUAUCAAUAACCAACAAGCUAGAAGAAGAACUUGCGAAACGGGAUAAGCUUAUUGAGCGCUUGCAUGAGGAAAACGAAAAGCUUUUUGAGCGACUUACUGAGAGAAGUGGAUCGGGAGGCUCACCGAAGGUCGCAAGCAGAGUUUCAAGAGGGUUCGAUAAUCUCCAGUUAGAUGGCUCAGUCAGGAAUGGCAAUUUCUAUUCAAAAUCUCCAGAUCAAGGGUCAUUGAGCACUGGUGGGACUUUAUCUCUUGUGAAAUCUGGCUCUCAAAAGAUGAAGACAACCCCUGCUGGAGAGUAUUUGACUGCUGCUCUGAUGGAUUUCAACCCAGAUCAGUAUGAAAGUUUGGCGACUGUUGCUGAUGGGGCAAAUAAGCUUUUGAUGCUGGUUUUAGCAGCAGUAAUCAAAGCAGGUGCUGCAAGGGAACAUGAAAUGCUUGCAGAAAUUCGGGAUGCUGUUUUUGCUUUUAUCAGCAAGAUGGAGCCUAGAAGAGUGAUGGAUACCAUGCUUGUGUCUCGGGUGCGGAUUUUGUAUAUACGUUCCUUACUGUCAAGGUCACCAGAACUACAGACAAUCAAGGUGCCCCCAGUAGAACGUUUCUUAGAAAAAGCUAGUAUGGGGCGUAGCAGGAAUUCCAGUAGGGGCAGCAGCCCAGGAAGAUCUCCUGGUCGGUACUAUCACAAUUCAAGUUCUGACUUCAAUGACGAUCAUGUACGAACUUUUAAAGUAAAUAUCAAACAAGAGAAGAAGUCAAAAUUUUCAUCAAUUGUCUUGAAGCUCAGAGGUAUUGACCAGGAAACGUGGCAGCAACAUGUAACAGGAGGGAAGCUUAGAGAAGUAACUGAAGAAGGUCGAAAUUUUGCAACAGGAAAUAAAUCUCUUGCUGCUCUUUUUGUCCAUACUCCUGCUGGUGAACUUCAACGUCAGAUUCGAUCCUGGCUUGCAGAGAAUUUUGACUUUCUUUCUGUAACUGGUGGUGAUGGUGUUGGGGGAGUUGCUGGGCAGUUGGAGCUUCUUUCAACUGCUAUUAUGGAUGGUUGGAUGGCUGGACUUGGGACUCCUCAGCAUCCAAGUACUGACUCUUUAGGUCAACUUCUGUCAGAUUACACUAAGAGGGUCUACACAUCUCAAUUACAGCAUUUAAAGGAUAUCGCAGGGACUUUGGCCACAGAAGAAGCAGAUGAUUUGGCCAGUAUAACAAAACUGCGGUCAGCUCUUGAAUCUGUGGAGCAUAAAAGAAGAAAGAUACUGCAACAAGUUCGAACAGAUAUUGCAUUAUUAACAAAAGAGCAAGGGGGGUCACCUGUACGUAACCCUUCAACUGCAGCUGAAGAUGCACGAUUAGCAUCACUUAUAUCCCUUGAAGAUAUUUUGAGACAAGUAGAGGACAUAAAUAAUCAAGCUUCUCAGAAAGCUAUGACUGAAACCAAGAAGAAGGUCCUGUUAGAAGCGUUGGAUGAACUUUCAGGGCGAAUGCCUUUACUUCUUUCAAUUGAUCAUCCUUGUGCGCAAAGACACAUUGCAGAAGCUUGCAAAACAAUCGAGUAUAUUGAAGUAGUAAAUGAGAAUCUUCCAGCACCAGUGCAGUCUACUGAGAAUGAAGUAGUUCAAUGGAGUGUAUUGCAGUUUAACACUGGCUCAACUGCACCUUUUGUAAUUAAGUGUGGUGCAACAUCAAAAUCAGAGCUUCUGGUGAAGGCAAAAGCUAAAAUGCAAGAUGAGACUAGCCACGAAAUUGUUGCCACUGUACCAAAGCCUGCAGUGUUGACAAGUUUGAGCUUAGAAGAGAUGAGACAAAUUCUUUCACAACUUCCGGAGGCCUUAUGCCAGCUUGCCUUGGCAAGAACUGCUGAUGGAACCCGUGCAAGGUAUUCAAGGUUAUACAAAACAUUGGCCAUGAGAGUUCCUUCAAUGAAAAAUUUUGCGAACGACCUCGAGAAAGAUGAAUCAUCUAGAGAUGUACUGAAUCCAAGUACACCAUCAAACAGGUCAGCUCAGCUCCGAAGGAAAAGUGAGAGUGAUAAUAUGUCAGAAGCAACUCGGUGAAAUCAAUUAUUCUUAUGGUAUCAUGUAUUCUAUGAUUAUUGCUACAUGUAUGUAAAGGGCUUUGGGCCCUGUUGUAUAAACAACUGAGGAUUUUGUGCAUUGUAGGAAAAAUGAUGAAUGCCACUGCAAACCAUUGAGAAAUUGAACGAGUUUGUGUUUGUAUUUGCUAGGCAGUAUCACAUUCUUUUGCAGAAUCUGUGGGGUGUUUUUGUUCAAGAAAAUUAUGAUUCCUUUUGAAAUCAUAUUUUAGAUGUGUAAAUGCUAGAAAUGCUUAUGAAGGUAUCAAUAUAAUGCAAUGAUUUCCAUCUC